AACCCCCUGCUACUAGUAUCACCGCCAAAUCUUCCUUUACAUCCACCACAAGCAAGCCCCAAACAAGCAAAAUGGAGACUUGGGUGUCCUAUGCCUUUGCAUGGCUCGCCACUGUAUCCCUUAUCCUUCUAGCCAGCCGUCUCCGCCGCCGCAAACUCAACCUUCCACCUGGCCCAAAACCCUGGCCCAUAAUUGGAAACCUCAAUCUCAUAGGCGAACUCCCGCACCGUUCCCUCCAUGCCCUCUCCCAAAAAUAUGGCCCCAUUAUGCAAGUCCAGUUUGGAUCAUUCCCAGUUGUUGUUGGCUCUUCCGUUGAAAUGGCAAAAACCAUCCUCAAAACCCAUGAUGUUAUCUUCUCUGGCCGCCCCAAAACAGCUGCAGGCAAAUACACCACCUAUAAUUACUCAGAUAUUACAUGGUCUCCGUAUGGACCUUAUUGGCGUCAAGCGCGUAAAAUGUGCUUAAUGGAACUUUUUAGUGCUAAGCGCCUUGAGUCAUACGAGUACAUUCGUGUAGAGGAGUUGAAAGCACUCCUUAAAACUCUUCACAAAUCAAGUGGCAGGCCUAUUAAUCUAAAAGAUCACCUUACAGAUGUGAGUCUUAAUGUAAUUAGCCGCAUGGUGUUAGGAAAAAAGUACACUGUUAAGAGUUCUGAAAAUGAGAAGGAGAUAGUGACACCAGAGGAGUUCAAGGAAAUGCUUGAUGAGUUGUUCUUGCUUAAUGGGGUGUUGGAUAUCGGGGACUCAAUCCCUUGGAUUGCUUUCUUGGAUUUGCAAGGGUACAUUAAGAGAAUGAAGGUUUUGUCCAAGAAGUUUGACAAGUUUAUGGAGCAUGUGUUGGAUGAGCACGAAAGUAGGAGAAAGACAGAAGACACGAAUUGGGAGCCCAAGGAUAUGGUCGACAUCCUUUUGCAGCUUGCUUCUGAUCCUAAUCUUGAGGUCAAGCUUGAAAGACAUGGUGUCAAGGCAUUUUCACAGGACUUGAUUGCUGGUGGAACUGAGAGCUCUGCUGUGACCGUGGAAUGGGCAAUCUCAGAAAUCUUGAGAAAGCCAGAGGUUUUUGAGAAAGCAUCCGAAGAGCUAGAUAGGGUAAUUGGAAGAGAAAGAUGGGUGGAAGAGAAAGACAUGGUUAAUUUGCCAUAUAUAUAUGCCAUUGCCAAGGAGGUUAUGCGUUUGCACCCUGUGGCACCAAUGUUAGUCCCUAGAGAAGCACGAGAGGAUAUCAACGUUAAUGGUUACGACAUUAAAAAAGGCUCUCGUGUCCUUGUUAAUGUAUGGACCAUAGGAAGAGAUCCCAAGGUCUGGGACAAGCCUGAUGAAUUUUGCCCUGAGAGAUUCAUUGGUAAUUCUAUUGAUGUUAGAGGUCACGAUUAUGAGCUACUGCCAUUUGGAGCUGGAAGGAGGAUGUGUCCUGGAUAUCCUUUAGGACUAAAGGUGAUUCAAGCAACUUUGUCAAAUCUUCUUCAUGGAUUUAAGUGGAGAUUACCUGAUGGCGUGAGGAAGGAGGAGUUGAGCAUGGAGGAAAUCUUUGGGCUCUCCACACCGAAGAAAUACCCCCUUGUUGCAGUCGCCGAGCCUCGUCUUCCAGCUCAUGUUUACCCCAAGUAACUUGUUUCUAGGAUAUCCACUUCAAAUAAUUGAUGCUGGGGUUUCAAUAAUUUCUUUUUGUAAUGCUGUGAUCAUAGUACUGUGCUAGCUUUGGUGGCACUUUUAUGGUGAAAGGUGUAUUUCCGUUGCUUAUAAUAUUAAUACACAAUACUUUAAUUUCCUCCUCUUA